GAGUGGGGAGGCGAGGCUGCGCGAGCGCCGGUCCGGGCCACUACAGUCAGUCUAAAGCGCGCCGGCGCGCAGGGUGUACGAACUGGCAGUGAGUGUGUGUGUGUUUGGCAUGCUGUAAGGCUCAACAUGGGGUGUUUUAGUUUGAGAUCGCUGCUGUUAGCAGCCAUCGUUAUAAGUAAUUGUAUCACAUGGACCGCGUCCAGGCACUCCUACACACACAAUGUAUCCGGCCACCGCAGAAGACACAGGCGACAGGGCGCCGGGCAGUACCUACCAAAUUCAUACGUCAUACCUGGAGGUGAGGGCAGUGAGAAGGGCUGGGGCCCGUGGGGGAACCCCAGCAACUGCUCGCGGCCCUGUGGCGGCGGUGUUGCCAGCCAGAAGAGGAUAUGCCUCAUAGAAGGGUCUGGCGCAAGCUGUACGGGUGGGGACACGAAGUACUUCUCCUGCAACACGCAGGACUGCCCCGAGCAGACCGACUUUCGUGCAGAACAGUGCGCAGAGUUCAACGAUAAAGCCUUCAAGGGGACCAAGUACAAUUGGGUACCGUAUACGAACGAUCCCCGGCCGUGCGAGCUGAACUGCAUGCCGAAGGGCGAGCGGUUCUACUACCGGCAAGCGCCGAAGGUGAAGGACGGCACGCGAUGCAACGACGAGUCCUUCGACGUCUGCGUUGAUGGCACUUGUCAGCCGGUUGGCUGCGACAUGAUGCUGGGCUCCAACGCUCGCGAAGACAAAUGCCGCGUGUGCCGCGGCAACGGGACCAACUGCCACACCAACGCCGGCCUUAUCAACAACCAAGAUUACACCCAAGGGUACAAUGAUAUUCUCCUAAUACCCGAAGGAGCAACGAAUAUUAUUAUAGAGGAGAUAGACAAAUCCAACAAUUAUCUUGCUCUCCGAUCAAAGAAGGACAACAAGUACUACCUGAACGGCGACUACCAGAUCAGCUUUCCUCACACGAUGCAGAUCGCCGGCGUGCCGUGGCAUUACGAGCGCAGCGUUCAGGGCUUCGCGGCGCCUGACAAGCUGCGGUGCUUGGGACCAAUCAACGAACCACUUUACCUCUCGCUGCUCUUGCAAGAGCCAAACGUGGGCAUCAAAUACGAAUACAGCAUCCCGAAAGACCUGGCACCGCCCACCAACGCGACCUACACCUGGACGCACGAGGAGUUCUCUCCAUGCAGUGUUACUUGCGGCUCAGGUUUUCAAACCCGCAACGUAACAUGCCGCACGCGCGACGAGCUAGAAAUUGUGGACGAUAGCCUCUGCGAUGCAGGACUCCGGCCCAUUGCCAACGAGACCUGCCAGCUGGCCGAGUGCAUGCCGGAGUGGGUGCCGAGCCCAUGGGGGCCCUGCUCCAAACUCUGUGGCACUGGUGGCUCGCAGUCGCGUUCGGUGCAGUGCCAGAAGAUCAUCUCUAACGGAUACCCGUCGAUAGUGGACGAGAACCAAUGCUUCAGACGGCUAGGCGACAAGCCCGAAGAGCACCAGAAGUGCAACGUCAACGCGUCCUGCCCCACAUGGUUCACUGGACCUUGGAAACCUUGCGACAAGCUGUGUGGCGACGGCAAGCAGACGCGCCAGGUAGUCUGUCACAGGAAGACCAACGGCCGAGUGGAAGUGCUGGUCGACGAGAGCUGCGAAGACGAGAAGCCAGCCGCGGAGCAGCCCUGCAACAUCCACCCGUGUGACGGUAUCGACUGGGUUAUUUCCAACUGGACCGGAUGUGACUCCUGCAUAUCGAAGUACUACACGCGUGAGGCUCUGUGCGUGACAAAGGACCGUCAGGUUGUGGACUCGGAUCUAUGCUCGUACCAUCGUAAGCCGGAGCUGCAGAAGCCGUGCGACGAGUCUACGCUACCUGCCUGCGAGUCGCAGUGGUAUGCCACACAGUGGAGUAAUUGUUCAGUAGACUGCGGCGUAGGCGUAAAAACGCGCAAGGUGUUCUGCGGGUUCUUCGACGGCGGCGCCGUCCAGCAGGUCGACGAGGCCAAGUGCGACGCGGACACCAAGUACAACGACACCACGCCGUGCGAGGUCCCGGCCGACAACUGCCCCGCUAUCUGGUUCGCGGCCAACUGGACCGAGUGCACGAAAGAAUGCGACGGUGGCGUGCAGUACCGCAAGGUGAUGUGCCUGAGCGGCGGCAACGCGUCCAGCUCUUGCCCCGAAGCCGACAUGCCUGACGAAGAACAGUCCUGCAACCCUGAGCCCUGCAAUAUAGACGAGCUGUUGUCGGUGUCAUCGACGACGGUGAUGGACGACGACGACUUGCCCGACUGCGAAGAGGAGGAGGAGGAGGAGGUUGGCGCGGAACUGCUGACCAGCACCUCGCUCAGUGACAUGAUGUUCAGUGACGCUUCAUCUACAGCAGAGGGUUCGGGGGCCACUGAAACGGAAUUCGACUUCAGCUCUUUCUCGACCGUAACUGGAUCAGAUAUGACUGAAUUAGGCUCUGGCGAAACUGACUUAACCACGGAGUCUGGAUCUACGGUUACUGGCUCCGAUUUGACAGAAGAAACUGGCUCAACAAGUUCGACUGAAACCGGAGAAACCUCAACACCUGGCUCAACAGACACUAGCUCAACUGUGUCAGGCAGUGAUACAACUGGCUCGGAAGAGACUACAGAAACAUCAUCUGGAUCAUCAGGCUCAGAGGUGACCGAGGGCACGGGCUCCACAGUGGCCGGUGAGACCACGACGCCGGGCUCCACUGUGUCUGGAGAGACCACAGUGUCAGGAUCCACGGACAGCUCUACUGAAGUCUCAAGCAGCGGUGAUACCUCUGCCUCGGAGUCUAGCUCAGACUCCAGCUCAGCGGUGGCCGGUGAAACCACAACAGCCAGCUCCACUGUGGCCGGUGAAACCACAAUAGGCGGCUCCACUGUGGCUGGUGAAACCACAACAGCUGGCUCCACUGUGGCCGGUGAAAGCACAACUGCUGGGUCAACCGUGGCUGGAGAGACCACAACCCCUGGAUCCACAGUCAGUGGCUCAACUGGGGUCUCGAGCAGUGAUGCUACCAGCUCAAGCGAGCCUACUGAAACGACCUCCGAAGAAACGACGCCAACUAGCUCAACUUCUGACUCGACGACGGAUAGCUCAGAGACCACAACAUCAAGCGGGGAGACCACAACACCCGGCGGGGAGACCACUACACCCGGUGGUGCGACCACUACUCCUGGCGGGGAGACCACUACACUUGGUUCGGGAACGACGACCUCUGUGGCAGGAGAAACCACAACGGCUGGCUCUAGCGAGACUAUAUCUGGCGGAUCGACGGUCUCAAGUGAUGGUUCGUCUACUAGCCCUGGUGAUAUCAGUUCAACUACCGAAGGUGGCACUACAUUAAGCGGGCCUACCGAAACUUUCGGUUCUUCUAGUGAAACUACUGAAACUGGUGGUUCUUCGCCUAGUGGAACUACUGAAGCUGGCGGCUCUUCACCUAGUGAAACCACCGAAGUUAGCGGCUCUUCUCCUAGUGGAACCACUGAAACUGGCGGCUCUUCACCUAGUGAAACCACCGAAGUUAGCGGCUCGUCUCCUAGUGGAACCACUGAAGUUGGGGCCUCUUCAUCUAGUGGAAGUACCGAAACUGGUGGCUCAUCUUUAUCUACUACGGAGGGUGUUUCUGGCUUGACUGAGAAAGGCUCAUCCACAACUACCGAAGCUGGGGAGACUACUUCAUCAGGUAGCACAGGAAGCGAAGGUUCCACAGAAUCAGGCGCCACUGAGUCGACUACAGAAGCCGGAACUGGAUCUACUGAGAGUAUUUCAUAUGGAUCAACUGACGGAACUACCGAAUCUGAUGAAAGCACGCGUUGGGAUAUGUCUACCAUACUGUCGACGAAGUCGCCGCGCUGCAGACCAAGGAACAAGCCGGCCAAGUGCGUCAGCAGCAAGUUCGGAUGCUGUCCAGAUAAGAAGACACCCGCUGGUGGGCCUUUCGAUGAAGGAUGUCCAAGCCCAACCACUUGCAAGGACACUAAAUACGGCUGCUGCCCCGAUGGCGUGUCUCCCGCGGGAGGCCCACGCAACAGGGACUGCCCUGUGCCCAACUGCGAGGAGACCCUGUACGGGUGCUGCAAGUCUGACCGCAAGACACCGGCCGAAGGCAAUGACCAGGAGGGGUGCCCGCCGGCUUGCAAGUUCACCAAGUUUGGUUGCUGCGCGGACAAUGAGACCAAAGCCACUGGACCGCAUAAGGUGGGAUGCCCUGAAACGUCUACAACAACAGAGGCUCCCACGGAAGCAACUACGGAAUCGGAUGCAUCGACAGAAACGGGAUCUACAGAAGAAACGACCACAGAAACGACAACCGAACCUGUUACCGAAAAAUGCGAAAUCGUCAAUGGAAAAGAAGUGUGCCACCCAUGCAGUACGUCCGAGUUUGGCUGCUGCGACGACGGUGACACAGCGGCGCACGGACCCAACAAACUGGGCUGCUGUUUGCUCACGCCGCACGGCUGCUGCCCCGACAACUACCAGCCGGCGACUGGCCCCAAUCUAGAAGGUUGUGACUGCAAGAAUGCACCUUUCGGCUGUUGCCCCGACCAAACGAGCUACGCCACAGGGCCCAAUAACACCGGCUGUGGCUGCGAACAUACUCCGCACGGUUGCUGUCCUGACAGGCACACCGAAGCCACCGGCCCUAACUUCGAAGGCUGCAGUUGCCACACGUACCAGUUCGGCUGCUGCCCCGACGGCAAGACGCCCGCUGUCGGUUUCAACCUCCAGGGCUGCCGCUGCCAGGAGUCCCAGCACGGCUGCUGCGGCGACGGCGUCACGGCUGCCACCGGCCCCAACCAGGAGGGCUGCGACUGUGCUUCCAGCAAGUAUGGAUGUUGCCCUGACGGAGUUACAGAGUCACAGAGCAAGAACUUUACUGGUUGUGCUGAUGCUCCUGUUAAUAAACAAGCGGCCUGCGCCCUGCCGUAUGAGCAAGGUCCGUGCACCAACUACUCCAUCCAAUGGUUCUACGACACGGACUACGGCGGUUGCUCCCGCUUCCACUACGGCGGCUGCGAGGGCAACGGCAACCGGUUCGCGGAUAAGGCCGAGUGCGAGGAUGUGUGCGUCAAACCUGCUCCAAGAGACGCUUGUCACCUACCCAAGGUGAAGGGCAGCUGCACAAACAACCCAUCCAUCCGGUGGUACUACGACGAUACUUACCAGAGAUGCCUGCAGUUCCACUACGGCGGCUGUCUCGGCAACGCCAACAACUUCGACAAGCAAGAAGAAUGCGAGAAGCAGUGUGCGCCUAAACAUGACGAAGAAGAACAGUGCCAGCUGCCCAUCGAAGAAGGCCCAUGCGCCGGCAACUUCAGUCGCUGGGGCUACAACGAGACCACGGGACGCUGCGAAGAGUUCUUGUGGGGAGGUUGCGAGGGAAAUCCUAAUAGGUUCAUAUCUGAGGCAGCUUGCAUGCUGAAGUGCAAUCCACCAGGCACAAAGAAACCCGUAUGCGAGCAACCUCAAGACGCAGGCAACUGCACUGAGAACCUUCCUUACUGGUCCUUCAACCGCGACGAAGAGCGAUGCGUUCCCUUCUAUUAUGGUGGCUGUGGAGGCAACGACAACAAAUUUAGCAAUCAGAAACAGUGCGAUGAAGCUUGCCCUAAAUCAUUUGUGAAAGACAAGUGCACCCUGCCAGCGUCACCCGGAGAAUGCAGGCAGUUCCGCUUGCGCUGGUUCUUCGACACCAAACAUCAACAAUGUCGCCAGUUCCCGUACGGUGGAUGCGGUGGCAACGACAACAACUUCGAGUCAGAGGAUGUGUGCAACUUGGAGUGUAACCGCCCUGCCACCCCGCCGCCAGCACCGGAACCUGAAGCGACGUGCCUUCAGCCAACCGACGCGGGUGGCUGCUCGGGCCGCGAGGAACGCUGGACGUACUCCGCCGAGUCUAAAGAGUGUGUGCCGUUCAUGUACACCGGCUGCGGCGGUAACGACAACAAUUUCCCGUCGAAGGAAUACUGCGAGCUUACUUGCCGCCCGCCGCAAGACAUAUGCGAGUUGCCGAAAGACGUCGGCCCGUGCCGCGCCGCGCACCCACGCUGGUACUACGAUAGCACUAACCAACAAUGUCGUCAGUUCUACUACGGAGGCUGCCUCGGUAAUAAGAACAACUUCAGGUCAGAGGAGGAAUGCCGCAUGGGAUGCGUGCUCACGCGAGCGCCGCCAGUGCCCCCACCAACACAAGACGUAUGCUCGCUGCCGGCGGACGUGGGUCUGUGCCGCGCGGCAAUCCCGCGCUUCUACUUCAACGCCGCUUCUGGUCGCUGCGAGCCUUUUACCUACGGAGGCUGCGGCGGAAACCACAACAACUUCGAGAAUGUGCAGGAGUGCGAGCAGCGUUGUGCGCCAGCUCCCGUUCCUCCUCCACAUGAUGUUUCACCCGAGUGUCGCGUGGCAUCCCUCGACCAGUGCCGCGGAGUCGGCCGCAUGUGGUACCUGAACCCGGCUAGCGGGCGCUGCGCCCCGCACGACCCUCAGCCCGGCGCACCCAGCUGCAACCUGCCCGGCAUCUUCAGCUCGCCCGAGGCUUGCGAGCGGGCCUGUGGUGACUUCAGAGAGAUAGGUGACGUGUGCCGGCUCGAGAAGGACGCGGGUCCGUGCAGCGAGCGCCAGCCCAAGUACUACUUCGACUCGGCCACGGGCACCUGUCUGGCCUUCACGUACGGCGGCUGCUUCGGCAGCGCCAACCGAUUCUCCAGCGAGGCUGAGUGCGAGGACGUCUGCUUGCCUGGAUUACCUGAUCCCUGCAAACUGCAACCCAGCGCUGGCAACUGCAGCGAGCAGAUCGAGAGCUGGUACUACGACGAGGGCCGCGAUGAGUGCGGAGAGUUCUACUACACCGGGUGCGGCGGCAACGACAACAGAUUCCCAAGUAAAGAAGAAUGCGAGGGACAGUGCAAGAAGGGCGGAGUGCCGGAACCACCACAGAACGAACAAUGCCGCACGCCAGCCUCACUAGAGCCAUGCGGCGAGCCGAGCACCGCUUUCUACUACGACUCUACCCAGGCGCGCUGUGCACCCGCCCCGAUCGGUGACUGCACAGACUACCCCAACAAAUAUAGCACCGAGGAAGAGUGCCUGAGGAGCUGCGGCGAGUUCGCAGGAAUCGACGUGUGCCGCGCGCCACUCGACCCGGGCCCGUGCCGCACGUCGACGCAGAAGUACUACUGGAACCUUCGCGAGGGCCGCUGCGAGCCUUACACGUACGGCGGCUGCGGCGGCGGCCCCAACCGCUUCUCCAACCAGCCCGAGUGCGAGGAGGUCUGCGGACAUCUAGCUAUCGACCCGGCGUGCGGGCUGGCGCCGGCGCCGGGCGCGGCGUGCCCGGGCAGCAGCACCGCGGGGCAGCAGCGCUGGCACCACAGCGCGCUGUACGGGGAGUGCCGGCUCUUCGUCUACUACGGCUGCGGGGGCAAUGGCAACAACUUCUUGACCAGAGAGGAGUGCGAGCAGCACUGCAGCCCGCCGCCAGCCGGCAACGACCCCAGCGUCAACGAAGUUACCGGCUGCGAGGCGGCACAGGCCGAGUGCGCGGCUCUGUCUUGCGCGUACGGCGUCGACCGGACUAGGGAUCCUUAUGGCUGUGAGAGGUGUACCUGUAUAGCUCACCCGUGCGAAAACAAGAGAUGUCCCGACGGCCAACGCUGCGUAGUUGUUGUUAACUAUGACGCCACCACCGGAAGCACUCAGUAUGUCGGAGACUGCGGAAUAGCGGAGAAACCUGGUAUGUGUCCCGCGGAGGAGGCAGCCCCCUCCAGCACCUGCCACGUGGAGUGCAACGACGACGCGGAUUGCCGCGGCGAGCAGAAGUGCUGCAGCAGCGGCUGCAGCCGGCUGUGUCGCGAGCCCGAGAGCGCAGCGCCAGCGCCUGUCGAUUGCUCGGUUGAGCAGGCUCGAUGCGCGUCGCUGCAGUGCGAGUUAUCGAUACAAAGAACACGUUUACCAAACGGCUGCGAGCGGUGCGACUGUGUCAGACCUGAACCCAACUGUCAACCGUUCGUCGACGAGUGCAGCGCGCUCAAGUGCAACUAUGGACCAAUCACUAGGACCACUGAUGCUGAUGGAUGCGAGAGGUGUACCUGUAUAGCUCACCCAUGCGAAGGCAAGCAAUGCCCCGAAGGCCAACGCUGCACGGUCACCGCCUCCUACGACGGCCCGUCCGGCAGUACCCAGUACACCGGCGAUUGUGCGAUAGUGGACAAGCCCGGCACGUGCCCCGCGGAGCAUAGCUCGUCCGGCUCGUGCCACGUGGAGUGCAAUGAUGACGCGGACUGCCGCGGCGUGCAGAAGUGCUGCAGCAGCGGCUGCAGCCGGCUCUGCCGCGCGCCCGCCGGGCCCGAGAACGAAGUGCAGAUGCCCCUGGAACCACAAGCACCAGCACCUAACCCAGAGACGGAACACGAAGUGAGCUCAUCAGAGGGCGGCACCGCGACACUUCGGUGCCUGUUCCACAGCAACCCGCCACCGAAGAUCACGUGGAGGAAGGGAGAGAUCACGAUCGACGGCACUCAGGGCCGCUACCGUCUGACUUCGGACGGUGCGCUGCAGAUCGUGUCGCUGUACCGCGAUGACUCGGGCGUGUAUAUCUGUGUGGCUGAGAACGAACUAGGAACCUCGCAACAGGAGAUUGAACUGCGUGUCGACGGUCCCGUGGAAGCGCCCGCCGGGAUCGUUGGCGAGUCCGAAUCGGAAGUGAUCGGAGAUAUCGGACAUAGGCUUCGUAUCCGCUGCCUCGCGUACGGAUACCCGACGCCGUCCAUAGCGUGGUACCACCGUCCUACGGCCACGAUGGUUCCUUACGACAGCGCGAAGUAUGAAGCUAGAGGAAACGAACUGCUGAUCAAGUCGCUCGAGAUCGACACGCUGGGAGAGUACACGUGCCAGGUGUUCAACGGGCUCGGGAAGGCGGUGUCGUGGACGGUGACGGUGCGCGCGGACCGCGCGGACGCGAGCUGGCCGGCCAGCCCGUACCUGGUGCAGCGCGGCGGCGCGCCCCCGCCGCCGCCCACCGAGCCGCCCGCCCCUCCGCAAGGAGAGAGGUCCCCAUACGUUGAGAUCCCGCCCGUCCCUCCACAGUACACCGUGCCGGUGCGAACAGCUCUCCGCGCGCCACAGACGGCGCUGGCCACGGGAGGGCGACUCGAGCUGUCCUGCGAGGUGGACGGCCACCCUGAACCUCGCGUCUACUGGACCAAGGACAACGUACAGCUCGCCGAGAGCGAUAGGAUCUACAUCACACCGGCCCGUCUCAGCGUAAGCCGAUUAGUUGAAGAGGACGCCGGUGUGUAUGGAUGCCACGCCGACAACGGACACAGUAGCCAUCACUCAGUGGUGCAGAUCAGCGUGCAGAAACUGUACAUCCCAGAGUUGUGCAAGGAUAACCAGUACUUCGCAGACUGCAAACUAAUCGUGAGAAGCAAGCUAUGCCGCCACGAAUACUACUCCAAGUUCUGCUGCAAGUCGUGUGUGGAAGCGGGCGCGCUGGACCCUCAAACUCUGGAGUUCCAGGGCGACUCAGCAUUUACUUACAAGAAGAAGUAAACCCGUUAUGUGUCGUAUGAACGCCCGUGGAUGCUUACCUUAGCUUCCACUGUGUGCAGCGGGCUUAGAAUGGUCCAACGCGACCAUCCAUAGGCAAACGUCACUCUCAAAAUAUUUUUCUCAAUUUAAAAUAUUUAGAUUACGGGUUAACCGUUUGGCUGAAUACACCAAAAUUAUACUAACAAAAAAUGUGAGAGGAUGAUGUUUUGUCCAAAUCGAUAAGCGUGACCGCGUGGUUAUUAGUUUCUGGGUUUCUGGUAGUAGAUAGCACGCUAGUCCUUACCGAAAUGUGCCUCGUAAUUUUAAAUUCGAUAAAAAUUAUAGACAGAAGUAAAUCGACGAUACCAUGAAAUGAAUAUUUUGUAAGUUUUUUAAAAAACACUUUCUUAUUUUACCUUGGACUUGUUUACUUAAAUGAGAAAUUCAUGUUAAAUACCGAAGAAAGCAAAUAGGUUUAAAUUCAUACCAAACUUACCUUUCGUGGUUAAUAAAUACAUAGCAUAUAUGAUUGAAAAUCGCUUAUUCGCAACUGAAUAGUCGGUUAUCUAUAAAAUGAAUACCUACAUUAACCAAUAACAUCUAACUGUAUGUGAAAACAUAGUGUCACUCUCAAUUUUACAGAGGCAUUCCAUUUAUAAUAAUUAAAGCAUAACUUAUCACGAAAGGGAUCUUCCUAGUGCUAUUAAAUUUACAUUUACUAAUAUUUUUUUAAAUAUUUAAUUACUUGGUCAGUGUAGGUUCUAAAUAAGUAGUGAUUGUUUAUAGUUAAAUGUAUGUGUAUUUUUUAUCGUCACCAAGUGCCAUAACAUGUUUUGCUCGUGCAUUUCACUUUGACUUUAUUUACUUAGUUAUUUAUUGAUAAAAUUGCAAUCAAGAAAUUAUUUUUAUUUUUUAAUUUGAUUUUAUAGAGAACAUACUCGUAGGUACCAAUAGAUUAAUAUAGAUAGGAAAUGACUAAUUUACCGUUUAUGUGUAAAUAAAUAGAUAACAUGUCACAAUAAGCUCCAUCUGUGAUGGAUUCAUGAUAAUAAUAUAGUUUACUAACUUUAAUGACCGACCCCGAUAGAAUGAUGUAUGAACUUGAAUUUAAAGUCGAAAAUAGUAGGUAUUUUAAUUUUCAAAGAUAUACCUAACGACAAAAAUCCUGCUAAUUUUCUUGCAUAGUUGGAUUUUUCCGAAUAUUCUAGGUGGCGUUGCUAAAAUAAGUUUGUUUCUCACUAAAGCGAUGCUAUCAACAACAUUCGAAGGGAAAAUCUUUUGUCUCUAUAUUCAUUACUUAUCUCUUAAAAUUUUAAUUCCCAUUCAUCUCGGUCGGUCAUUACCAGUAAGUCAGUGAGGGAAAUAAAUUAUUUAUUUCUAAAUACGCAGUUUGGCUAAGGGUAUGCAAUAAAUAAGAUAGCGAUAAGCGGUACCGUGACGUCAUAAUAAUUUGUUACUAGGUAAGUGAAUUUAUAUGUGACACCAUUGUAAAUAGAAAAAAUUAAAGCUCUUUAAUGAAA